AUGUCGAUGUCGAUGUCGGCCGGGCAGCCUAAGCCAAAGGUUGCACUGAACAACAUAUGUUCUGUCAUAUAUAAUAACACUUUGUAUACUUACUCAGCAGAUGCCUUCCAAUCCUUAAGCCUCGAGCAAGGCUCGGAGUGGAAGACGUUGAAACAAGGGGAGGAGGUAUCGGGAGCUGCCUGUGUCGGUUCGAGCUCAGCAUUUUACGUCGUUGGCGGGACUGGAGGCUCGAGCGACUAUCAAGGCCUACAGAGGUACACGUAUUCGACCGGCACCUGGGAAUCGAUCGAUCCCGUCGUUCCCGUUACUCAGAAUAGGACCGACCACGGCGCCGUUUAUUUGGAAGGCUCCGAUUCUAUCGUUGUCUACGCUGGCAGCCAGGCCGGCGACCCCAACCUCUCGACGCAGACAUUCAGCAUCAGCGCCACCGCGCCUUACUCUGUGCUCGCCUACCAAAACGAGGGUGCACCUCCGACGUCUAAGCCUAUCUUGCUUAGAUGGUCAGACCAACAAGCUGCCAUGGUCGGUGGCAGCGCCACAAAUACUCAGGUCAUGCUGUUCACAGUCGGUUCUGGGUGGUCCAACUCUGGAGCCACACUGGCAUCUCCGCUGAAAACAGGAUCUGACCAGUGGCAAGCUGUCCUGAUUACGGGAGACGACGGAUCCAAAAACCUUUAUACUUUCGACAUGUCGGUCUCGCCCAACGUCGCCAAUCGCACCGUUUUAAUUGAUGAACAUGGGGCGCCGGUUACCAAGGCAGCGGCUAUCACGAAGCGAUCAGAUGUUUACAAACGGACAGGGAAGGAUGAGGUCGAACGCCGGGCAAACACCUUGACGCAAGAGACUUGGCCAACGUACAACAGCACAUAUGCGUCUACAGCUGUCCGCAGCAACUACGCUGCCGCAGACUCGGAUGACGGACAGGUGGUGCUUUCGGGCGGCAACGAAGAAGAUGUCUUGUGUAUUUUCAACGCAAAAGCCAACAGCUGGGUGAAUGCGACGGAACUCUUAGCCUCCGACCAGAAAGUUCUCUCCGCAUCUACGUCCUCGUCCUCCUCCUCGGCCACUGCUACUUCCACGACAGCUAGUGGCACCCUAUUUGCCACGCUGAAUCCUACAACUACUCCGGAGACCACCGCCGCAGCUGGAUCGACUACCACAUCUUCGACCCAUUCGUCUUCAACAACCUCCUCUUCGUCCGGUCUGGGCACCAAUGGUAUCCUGGGUGUUGUUCUUGGCUCAAUUGGCGGUGCUCUGGUCCUCCUGAUUUUGCUCUAUUGCCAGAUUCGAAAGCGCAAGAGAACGCAAGAUUUUAUUCAAGCCGGCCAUGCCAGACGAGCCAGCGGAGCUUCGGAGAGACCGGAGAAGGAAGGGAUGGCUAUUGUGACGGAGAGCUACCCGCGCUCACCCACAAAUCCCACGUUCAUGCGCGGGCACCAACCGAAGGCGUCGACAGGAUCAUUUUCAUCAAUGGCGAUCUUGAUGGGCAAGGGACCCAAGAGCUCAAUGGAAGGCGGCCCGAGACCUGGUUCCAGCAAGCAGAUGAAGAAUGUGCCUACCGCGGGUCAAAUGGGACCUAUGCGUCCUGUUCCGGCCCUUGCACCAGAACUCAGGGAGGAGAAGGGUGUGUCUUUCGCCGCCGAUACAGCUGAACCCCGACCAGGUUUGCGGGUACCAGCCGAUCAGCAGGAUGGGAUGCGACGCAGCUCCGGCUGGAAUCGUUACUGGUCAGGCGACAGUGCUGCCCUCAACAUCUUGGGCUAUGGAAACGGCGGGCAACAAACGAAUCGAAACACUGUCGCUUCAGAAGGCUCACACUACUCCAACAACGGGCCUGGUGUCGAUCCGCGCUACCGCAUGACCAAAGACAGUGCAACGGUCCCACCACUCAAUGUUGACGAUGGACGGCCUCGAUUCAAUCGUGUCAAUUCCGGAUCCCCGACCGUCAGCAAUUACCCAGCUGCUGUCAAGCAGCAUAUGAGUGCUGAAUAUAGCGACCGAAAUAGCCGUGACUCGGAUUUCUCUGGCUAUUCCAGUGGCAUUCCUGCGAGCGUGCAUGACACUUGGGAUCCAACCGCAGCCUCGGGAAAGCCUUGGACGGGCGGCGGUCGUGCGACGAGCAGCAUGUACAGCAAUGCGUUCCCUAUGCCUCCUACUCCGAGCGAACAAAGACCGCCAAUGCCACGCAAUAUUCCCAGUGGCGUAAGCCAGCAACCGCAGCUGGACAAAGCGCACACUUCAGACAUGAGCUGGCUGAACAUUGGCGAGCAGCAACAUCAACAAAAUCGCUACUAA